AUGAACAGCUCCGGCAAAUUCCACUACCCGCCACUCGGCAUUAGUUCUAGAAACGUUAACCCUACACAAGACUCAGAUCUUCUACCUGCGAAACCGUUUCAACGCCGGAAACCUAGAACGCCGAGGACUCGGUUGAGGAAAUACGGAGGUUCUGGCGGUGGUGGUAAACGGAGUAGACCUGAAACUCCGCUGUUAAAAUGGAAGAUCCAUGAGAAGAAUGACGAUGCGGUUGAAAAGUCUUCGCCGGCGAGGUUAAGUCGGAGGGUGGGGCGGGAUGUGAGGAAGCAGACGGAGGUUGGUUCGUCGGUGCGGAGGAUUGCUGCUGGACUGUGGCGGCUUCAUCAGCCGGAGGUGGUUGUGGUGGAUAGUCAGAGGAGGUUAGGGUUUCAGAAUGGAAGCAGUCAUGUAGGACUCCCGUUCCUCGGUCGUCCAAAUGGCCGGACUCAUGAUCCUGAUCCGAAGAAUCAUUCUCAAAGUCCUCGAUCUGUCUUUGGGACAAAGAGUGGACACAACUGUGAGCUCAAGCCUUUCCAGUUGCUCAACACUGAAAUGGAGGGUGCAACAAAGUGGGAUCCUGUAUGUCUAAAAACAUCCGAUGAGGCGCAGCAUAUCUACGCGAAACUUCUUGAUCGAAAGGUAAGUACUGUAUCUGUUGUAUCUGCCCUUGAAGCUGAACUACAGCAGGCACGUGCACGCAUUCAGGAGCUUGAGACUGAACAACAUUCCUCCAAAAAGAAACUUGAUCAUAUUUUGAAGAAAGUUGGCGAGGAAAAGGCCCAAUGGAGAAGCAGAGAGCAUGAGAAAAUCCGUGCUUACAUUGAUGAUAUUAAAACAGAGUUGAAUAGAGAAAGGAAAAGUCGCCAGAGGAUUGAAAUUGUCAAUUCUAGGUUGGUAAAUGAGUUGGCAAAUGUGAAGCUAUCAGCAAAACGCUUCAUGCAGGAUUUUGAUAAGGAGAGGAAGGGAAGAGAACUGAUUGAGGAAGUGUGUGAUGAGCUUGCCAAGGAAAUUGGAGAAGACAAGGCUGAAGUUGAAGCAUUGAAAAGGGAAUCUAUGAAAUUUAGGGAAGAACUGGAAGAGGAGAGAAGGAUGUUACAGAUGGCUGAAGUAUGGCGUGAAGAACGUGUUCAAAUGAAGUUGAUAGAUGCAAAAGUUGCUCUUGAAGAGAAGUAUUCACAGAUGAAUAAACUUGUUACAGACUUAGAAGCUUUUUUCAAGUCAAAAAAUGUGCAUCUAAACACAAAGGAGAUGAAAGAAGCUCAGUCACUUCAACAGGCUGCAGCUGCAAUGAACAUUGAAGACGUUAAGGAAUUUUCAUAUGAACCUCCCAAGUCAGAUGAUAUUUAUGCCAUUUUUGAAGAUUUAAAUAUUGGUGAGCACAGCGAGCGGGAGAUUGAACCAUGUGUUUCUCACAGUCCUCCUAAUCAUGCCUCCAAGAUUCACACAGUGAGUCCUGAAGCGAAUGUAAUGAGUAAGGAUGGCAUUCUGAGGCGUUCUGAUGUAUAUAUGGAUGAUAAUGGUGAUAUAGAGGGUGAUGAAAGUGGAUGGGAAACUGUGAGCCAAGCUGAGGAUCAAGGCUUGAGUUAUUCUCCCGAGGAGAGUGACAGAUCUUUCAACAAGAACCAACGAGAGAGUAAUGUUUCACGGAGGAGUGUACUCGAAUGGGAAGAAAAUGAUGGUGAGGAGACACCAAUAACUGAAAUUAAUGAAGUGUACUCUAUACCAGCUAAGCAAUCUAAAAAGGCCUCUUCCAUAAAGAAACUUUGGAGGUCAGGCCUGAACAAAGAGGAUAAUUACAAGAUAAUCUCAGUGGAGGGAGUGAAUGGUAAACUUUCAAAUGGAAGGCUAUCCAACGCGAGCAUUGUAUCUCCUGACCGUGGAUCAGGUAAAGGGGUGCUGAGCCCUAAUGACCUCCAAUACCAGUUUAGUCCUUCUGAGUCCGGAAGUCCACAUUCACAACGAGGUAUGAAAGGAUGCAUUCCUCGUGGAGCACAGAAAAAUAGCUUGAAAGCUAAGCUUUUGGAGGCCAGAAUGGAGAGCCAGAAGAUUCAGCUGCGCCAUGUUCUUAAUCAGAAGAUUUAG